GUGGAUGCUAGGCCUUGGGAGUUCCAGACGGAAGAACUUUCUCUGCGCAACAGUGUUGACCAAUUUAAUCAGCGUCGAUACUCCGGUGAUUGGAUGGAGCCCGAUUUCCGUCCUGCAGAUUAUAACCUCAUGAGUGUGCUUGCUAAGCCAAUGACACUCUCCAACGAGUUCCGACGAAACUACGAGAGAUGGCUUGAGGAGGAAGUCUUUUCAGGUCCCAUAAAUUGGGACCUCGUGUUAGCAAAGUGA